AUGUGGAAAUUAGCUCCCAGGAAUUGGGCUGCUCGUGCGGCUACUAAUUUUCGCCAAGCGCAAGCGUUUCCUUUGGUUUCGGGCUACUCAACAUCAAAAGAUUUGAACGGUGACAAGAUAGCGGCGCAGUCAAAGAAGUGGCAGCAACAAAAUCCCGAAGACAAGGCGAAAUUUUUGUCCGUGCAGGUGGAUCGCUCUACACUUAAAACUGUUGGCGGCGCAUUGGCUAGCAACAGGCCUGUGGAUUUUCGGCAAGAAAAAAGCGAGGAAAAUGCACUUGUGCACUUGUUACGCUCGAUGAUUGAGGUCAAGGGGCCACUCACAGUGGCCGAAUUUAUGACGCGGGCUCUGAACCACCCGGACCACGGCUACUACAUGAAGAAGGACGUGUUUGGCAGCAAAGGAGACUUCAUCACAGCGCCUGAAAUCAGUCAAAUGUUUGGCGAGCUUAUUGCAAUCUGGUGCGUGGCAACAUGGCAGCAAAUGGGCAUGCCCAGCCACAUUAAGAUUGUGGAAUUGGGUCCGGGUCGAGGCUCCCUGAUGAGCGAUUUCCUACGAGCUGCUAAGUCAUUUCCGCCAUUCUACGACGCUAUUGAGGUACAUAUGGUGGACAUAAGUCCAGUUAUGCAGAAGAUUCAACAAGAAACGCUCAAGUGCGAGCCGAUUGAAGUCACAAUGACGCCGGAAAACUGGAUGCAGAUACCAGACAGCGGACCUAAAAUUCGCUGGCACACUGAAUUUGCAAACGUGCCGCAUGGUCCAAGUCUGUUGAUUGCACAGGAAUUGUUUGAUGCGAUGCCUGUGCAUCAAUUUGAGUAUACGAAACGUGGCUGGUGCGAGCGGCUAGUAGAUAUCGACCUGGAGAACGGUGGCGACCAUUUUCGCUUUGUCUUAUCGCCUGGCCCAACGCCAGCUACGCGCGUAUAUAUUGGACGCGAGAAGUUGUAUGAUCCGUCGAAACAUUUAUCAACUGUGACAGAGACGCAAGUUUCGGGCGUCGAGGAUCUGAAGAAGGUGAAAAAUACGGGGGUUUAUUGCGCGGACUUAUUGGACGUGGCUGGCACACCUAUACGUACGGCAGAGGCUCAAAUUGGAGACAAAAUCGAAAUUUCGCCUCUUAGUAUUGCACUAGUGCAAGACAUAGCUAAACGCAUCUCACAGUCUGGUGGUGGGGCUUUGAUUGUGGACUAUGGCUACGACCAUCCAUCAGCGCUCAGUUUACGAGGUAUACAAAAUCACAAAUUCGUUAGUGUUCUGCGCGAGCCUGGUGAUGUCGAUUUGAGUAUCGACGUUGACUUUUCAACACUUCGACGAUUUGCAUUAGCCGAGUCUAAGGUGAAAAGCUCAGGUCCUGUAGGCCAAGGCAACUUCUUAAAAAAUAUGGGAAUCAAGCUUCGUCUAGACAUGUUGCUACAAAACACCGAAUCUAAGAAGGUCCAAGAAGAUCUGAUAUCAUCUUAUAAACGUCUUGUGGAUCCUGACCAGAUGGGUUCCGUAUUCAAGGCCAUGGCACUGACUCAUAUUGACUUAGGACAGCCUGUUGGCUUUGAGACUACUGAUAACGAGGUAUAG